AAAAAUCUUCUGAUAAAAUAUCUUUUUGUGAGUAUUCGUAUGCGCGAAGCCGGAGUGACACGUGAGUGUGUGUAUAUGAGUGCAUGGAGUUUUGGUUUUUCAAAUAUAAAGCACGAUGAUCCAGCAGCAGGAGGUACUUUCUAAAGCUGAGGAUAUUGCCGAUCAGGUAAUUCGCAAUGGGAAGUACAUUUUGCCGACAAUGGCAAGAAUUUGCCUAAUAGCAACAUUUUUAGAGGAUGGAUUACGAAUGUGGUUUCAAUGGAACGAACAAAGGGAAUAUAUGGACAUGUCGUGGGGUUGUGGCAAAUUUUUGGCAACAAUAUUUGUCCUUGUUAAUUUAAUUGGCCAAUUGGGAGGUUGUGUUAUGGUUAUUGGACGUUUUAAAGUGAGCAUCGCUUGUGGUGUACUAUUCUUUAUUGUUGUCCUACAAACAUUUGCCUACAGCAUUCUUUGGGAUAUGCAUUUCUUAUUUAGAAAUUUGGCAUUAAUUGGCGCACUACUACUAGUUUUAGCUGAAUCACGUGAAGAAGGACGUUCAUUAUUUGCCGGUGUUCCAACACUUGGUGAAAAUAAACCGAAAAAUUUCUUACAAUUGGCUGGAAGAAUUCUUUUGGCAUUUAUGUUUAUAACAUUAAUACGUUUUGAAAUUGCAUUUAUGCAAAUAUUCUUGGAUAUUGUUGGCAGUAUACUUAUGUUAUUAGUGUGUAUUGGAUAUAAAACGAAACUGAGUGCAUUAUUACUCGUUUUACUUCUAUCAUGUCUUAAUUUCUAUCACAAUGCAUGGUGGACAAUUCCUGACUAUAAACCAUUAAGAGAUUUUCUUAAAUAUGACUUCUUCCAGACUUUAUCAGUGGUUGGAGGUUUAUUGAUGAUAGUAUCAUUAGGACCAGGUGGUGUAUCAAUGGACGAACAUAAAAAGAAAUAUUAAAUCAAUGAAAAGGAAAAUCAAAAUCAUCAUUCAUUGAAUCAUCUUCCAUCUUUUAAUUUUUUUUUUCAAAAAAAAAAUUCUCGUCCAUAAUGCUUAUGGCAGCAUUGAUAAUUUUGUGGAUGGAAAAAAUGAAAAUGUUGCGCAUAAGUACGUUAAUUUAGAUUAUAUUAUAUUUUUUAGUGAAAUGGAUGAAAAAAAAAACGAGUGGAAAAAAAGAAAUUGAUAGAAAAAAAAAUAUUGAAACGUAGUGUUUAUUAAAUACUACUUAUACAAAAAAUAAAUGCCUUAAGUACAGCAUUUUAAGACGUAUUUACAGAGAGCGAGAGAGAGAGAGAGAGAGAGUUACAAAGCGACAUACGAAGACUAAUUUAUAUAAUUAUGAAAUAAUUCGCAUUGUACAUAUAUGGCAGUACUUUUAUUACAAAAAAAAAAAAAGAAAUAUUUUUCUCGGUGUUUUUAAUUACUUGUAACUUUUUAGCUUCUUAUUUUGUUUAUAGCAUUAGUUCCAUGCUUUUGUAUAAAUAAGGGUCGUUUUUUAAUUUGCGAAACAAUCAAAUUCUUCCAUAUUUGCGAAGUGUAACUGUCACUUUUUUUUUUUUUUUUAAUCUUUUUUAAAUGAUAAUUUCAAAUUAGAUUAAUUAUUAUCGUUGAAGUGACUGUAAAUAAAAUGUUCAAUUUCAACUUU